AUGGCUGAACAGGAAGAGGACUUUAGUUCUCUGCCGUUGCCAGACCGCUUCGGCCACAAGGCACGUUCCAGCAAAUCAUAUCUGCAACUGGUCGCGACGGAGGCAUGGAAAGUGCGCAAGCAGGUUUACGAAGACGCCACCAAGCAAUUCGAGCGUACCCCUGAUGAGCGCGAUCCCGCGUUUCGACCGUUUCUACAAGACCCAGGACUAUGGAAAGGUGCAGUGGCAGAUUCUAACGUUGCGGCGCAACAAGAAGGUGUGGCCGCACUUUGUGCGUUCCUGAAGUUUGGUGGUCGCGAGGCAUGCCUACGCACGAGAGGGGUCACAAUAGGUCCGAUUGUUGAGAAGUGUCUACCGUCGACGCGCGCAGCCAUCAAGACGUCCGCGAUUGAGGCGCUACUCUUGUACAUCGAGCUCGACGUCGCCGACCCCGUUGUGGAAGACAUGCUUCCGUCCUUGUCAGCAAAACAACCAAAGGUGAUUGCCGCAACCCUUACCGCUCUUACCACCAUAUACCACAGUUACGGCUGCAAAGUCGUCGAUCCGAAACCCUCUUUGAAAGCUUUGCCGAAAGUGUUUGGUCAUGCAGAUAAGAAUGUCCGUGCGGAGGCUACAAAACUGGCGGUCGAGUUCUACCGGUGGCUACGCGAAGCCAUGAAGCCGAUGUUCUGGGGCGAUUUGAAGCCGACGCAACAAGCAGAGCUUGAGGCCCAGUUCGAGGAGAUCAAAAAAGCCAACGAGGCGCCAAAACAAGACCGGCUUUUGCGGUCACAGCAAGUGGCGCAGGCCAAAGCCGUUGCGUCGGGAGUUCCAGAGGACGCCGGCGAUGCUGGCAUAGAUGACGAGCCGGCCGAGGUCGAUGCAUUCGAUCUAGCAGAGCCACAAGACGUUCUACGCAACGUACCAGGCGACUUCCAUGAAAAGCUGGCAUCGUCUAAAUGGAAAGAGCGCAAGGAGGCGGCGGAAGCGCUGUACGCGGUCCUCAACGUGCCCCGCAUCAAGGACGGUGACUUUCACGAAAUCAACCGCGGUCUGGCCAAGUGCAUGAAGGACGCCAACAUUGCCGUAGUGACACAAGCGGCGCAGUGUAUUGAGGUCUUAGCUAAAGGCCUCCGGAAACCAUACGGGAAAUAUCGCACGAUUGUCAUGCAGCCGAUCCUGGAGCGACUGAAAGAAAAGAAGCAAUCGGUAGCCGACGCGCUUGGGGCUGCACUAGACCAGGUAUUUCUGGCAACAGAUCUAACGGAAUGCCUGGAAGACAUCACAACGUUUUUGUCACACAAGAACCCGCAGGUCAAAGAAGGCACAAUGCGGUUUCUAAUUCGGUGUUUAUGCGCAACGCGCAACGUCCCAAGUAAGCAGGAAAUCACGACAAUUGUGGACUCGGCAAAAAAGCUUCUUUCUGAGUCCAGCGAGGGACUGCGAUCAGGGGGUGCCCAGAUGCUAGGAACAAUCAUGAAAAUUAUCGGCGAACGUGCCAUGAACCCACAUAUCGAGGGUCUUGAUGAAAUUCGCAAGACAAAAGUGAAGGAGUACUUCGACACUGCUGAGGUCAAGGCGAAGGAGAAGCCAAAGGCGCCGCCGCCAGCCCCGGCAGCAGGACGUGCGCCUGGCGGCGGACCGCCGAAGAAGGUGGUAGGUGGCGGUGGAAAGAAAGGGCCAUCGCCCCUAAAGAAGCCAGUGUCGAACAGUGCCUCGGUUGCGAUUCCAAAGGAAGAGCCACUGGCACUACAAGCCACGUCCCGGCCUGCUGGUGGCGGCAGCAAGCUGGGUGUACCGAAAGCUUCUGUAAAGGCCCCCCAGAAGCGGGCCUUAGCCGGCCCAGGAGUGCUAUCACCUCGACACGCCGCCCCUCCGCCUGUGCAGGACGACUAUGACGACGACCCGGUGGCCACAACACCGGCACUGCAGCCUCGGAUAGGGCUUGGUCGAGGAGGCUUAGCGUCGCGAUCAUUGGCUAAGCCGUCCACCAAUACUGCCGCCACGGUACCGGCACCACCCUUGUCGCCCACGCCCAUGUCUGGGUUGACAGCGCUGGAGCGGGAAGAGCUGGAGGAGCUGCGGACAUCCAACGACCGACUAUUGCGGCAGGUGGACGAUGCCCGCCAUGAACGGUCAAAGCUGAUGUCGGAGGUCCAGGAGCUCAAAAACCAGAACGCAGGGCUUAUCGAAGAUCACACACGUGACGUUUUAAGCAUCAAAGCGAAGGAAACGCAGCUGGUUCGUGCACGCAGCGAUGCCGAGGCGGCCGAGCAGACCAAUGAGCGACUUCGUCGGGAAUUAGACCGGCUGAAGCGUGCCCUCGGCAAAGCGGAGGCGGCCAUGCUGAAUGGGUCUGGCGGCAGUUCAAGCGGUAUGGUUAGCCCCGAUUUGACUCAUGACGAUGCCGGCAUUUUUCGUGAUGGGAUGUAUCCAAACAAUGCCGGCCGCCAGCGAAUGAGCUUUGCGAGCACGCUUUCCGAAGAGAAAGAGAACGGCGAGACAGCGUCCUAUGCACGGAGCAAGAUGAGCCCAGAUCUACGCUAUGCGGCGACCGGCAGUGGGACAGAGAGUGGACGUGGAAGCCCUGCACGUAGUUACCGAAGGGAAUUUGGUAUUGACGAUGUCAGUAGCGCUUCGGGUGGUGGAUACGGGACAGGGACCGGAUACGGAGCCAGUUCUAGCGGCAAUGGCACAUCCAGCACAACCUACAACGGUAACAUCGGUGGCUCCGGUGGCGCUGGUGUGGGUGGGCAGGAGAGCUGGAAGCGGGCGGCAGAGGUUACUAAUCAGCUGAAGGCACGGAUUGAGCAGAUGAAGGCCCGCUCCUUUGAAGCGACCAAGAUGUCGAAGGCCGCGGCAGCCGAUUACUCCAACUCUGAUUCUGACUCCGACGGAGAAGACGACGCGUACCCAAGGCCCGCAACUGGCCCAGCAACCGACGAAUUUGCCAGUUACCACCCGCGCAAACGGCGGCGCAUAGGUCGUGACGCAAAAGAGAGCGCAGCUCUAGGGAUUUUCGGGUCAGAAAGCGAAGACGAGUUCAGGCCCGAUCGGCGAUGGAAGCGGAAACCGCUGCGCAAAGAAGGCGUCAGCUUUGUUUCAUCUGGCACACAAGAGCAGGGCAGUGAUGGGGCCGAAGAUGACAAAAUCGAAGAUGAGGAUGUUGCAGAAUGUGGACUUUACCAAGAAUACCAAGAAAAGGAAACCACGAGAGAAGAAGUACAGGAGACAGGUAGCGACGAUGACGAAGCUCGCUACGACAAUCACUUUGGAGGAGUGAGCUUUGGAUCACACGAAGUCCACAACUUGGGCUUUACAUCCGCAUCAUCGAACCAUGCUCCAGUUAUGCCACCACGUGCGGUCCCUAUACCGGAAGAGUUGGCAUCGGUUACCGGCGUCAAUGUGAGAAAUCCACUUGGGCACGGGUUUGUACCAUCCUCGGCGUUGGAUCCCGUCCUGAUGGAAUCUGUCGCACAAAGCCAGAACGUCGGCAAGCCGAAUAUAAGUGCGAAACCUAGCGCAUUUUCGGCAAGGGGCUUAGGAAGAAGCCGAGGUGGUGGUGGUGGGCAGGCCAGGUUCAACCCAAAAUCUUUCGGCGCUCGCAUGAUGGCCAAGAUGGGCUACGUUGAGGGGUCCGGCUUAGGUAAGGAUGAGCAGGGCCGAAACAUAAUUAUUGAGGCCAACCUGCGACCGCAAGGUGCCGGUCUUGGUGCUGUAAAGGAGAAGUCGGAAAAGGAACGUCAGGAAGAAAAGCGUCAGGCACGGUUACGGGGAGAAGCUGUGGUACAAUCGGAUGAUGAUGAAAAACCGGCCAAAGCAGCAGCACGGAAGAAGAGAGCUAUGGGCCUCAGCGGCAGCGGCAGAACGACAAGUAGCGACACAGGCACACCGCGGCGCCAGAAACCCAAAUACAUGACAAUGGAGGAAGCCAAGCGGGCAGCGCCCGGCCUAGACAUACCAGACACAUUCACGCCGAUCCUGGACCUUACAGGCCCGGGUCGGAGGCUCCUCACGUCUUCAUCUGGCCUCAUGACACCGACCGCUGGUGCAAUGUACGACGAAGCUGCAGCCGAAGAUACGGCGGAGCGGACGAAAUCACGAAAGCUUGCGCGGCGUGCCCAGGCGGACUUCAUGGCCAUUUUAGAAGAGUGGCAGAGCCUGCAGAACCGCAAGGCGUACGCGGAGCUGCAAGCGCAGCAGGUGCGGCAAGAACUUUCUGAGCUUACUGAUAACCUAUAUGGCCACAAGACUAUGGCAGAGGCAUUCGCAAGGCUGUCUAUUGUCGACGAGGUGGCUCCUUGGAAGGAAAGAUGGGACCGCACGAUAGCACAACUGACGGCGGCGGCAGCAGCCAUGCCGAUACGACCAUCUGACGAAAUGCGAGACGCACUGGCCCACAUCAGCAUUGCAGCAAUCCACCCGCUGCUGAAGCAAGUGGCUGAAUCGUGGGAGCCGCUGCAGGAUACAGGCAAGACCUUGGCGGUGGGCCUCGCCUCGGUCCAGAGCCUCGUUAGUCGAAAGACACAAGACGAGUUGCCGCCGCAGCACUAUCGCAGCAGGGCCAUCGCGUCGCCAUACGAGACAAUGAUGUACAAGAUUUGGCUACCGCCAGUGUCGCGAGCGGUGCGGAGGUGGGAUGUGCAGGAAACAGACAGUCUUCUAGAGCUCUACUUGACGUGGGAGCCGCAACUGCCCGGCUUUGUGCGGGCGCAGCUUCUGGAGCAGGACAUUGUGCGCAAGCUAGAAGAGGCGGUGGUGAAGUGGGAGCCCAAACGCAGACGAUAUCAAACGCAGAACCAGAGCCUGCCACACCUGUGGCUGUUCCCAUGGUUGCCCUACCUACCGUCUCGGCAGCUGGACCCCAAAAGUGCGGACGGUCUUGUAACGGAAGUCAAGCGCAAGUUCCGGCAGCUGGUGCACGUGUGGGAGUUCUACCGCGGCGUGAUCCCCGGCCUGCGAGAGUGGCGCGAUAUGCUACGGCCGACUGCGGACAACGACCAAUGGCGGCCGCUAGUCAUGGCGCACGUGCUGCCAAGCAUGGCGAGCUAUGUGCGGGCGCAAUUCCGUGUGGAUCCCCGCGACCAGGCGCCGUACCUCGAGGUGAUCACGGGCGAAUUUCAAUGGCUGGGUCUGGUGGCUGCCGAGCUGGUUGGCGAGGUUAUGGUGGCGGAGGUAUUCCCGAUGUGGCACGAGACGUUGUAUCAGUUGCUGACUACGCCGGGGCUGGCCAGUCUCGACCGGAUUGCGCAGUGGCUUCAGUGGUGGGCUGACGAGGCGUUCCCGGCGCCCAUACGGCAAUUGUCCUCGGUGGCGGCAGAGUUCGAGCGAGGAAUGGUGAUGAUCAAUGAGGCGUUAGACCUUGGCGGCAAUCCUGACCUUGUUCGGCUCGCUCUGACACCACCACAGAAAGGCCCGACGCUGCGGGUAGAAGGGCCGGCGGCGACAACUUUGCGAGACAAUCGCCAUCAUGCGAGCCACCGGUAUCGCAGUCAACAGGAACAUCACCACCGCCAUCAUCAUCGCUCCAUCGGCCGUGCAGGUACAUCACCAACCACUGCAGCAGUGACUUCGGUGUCGGGUGCCGGUGACCACGAGGAGAUGUCAAUAAGGCACUACGUCGAGGACUGGUGCGAAACAAACGACCUGCAGUUCGUGCCGGAGCGCAAGAAGGUGCACGCAGAAGGUCCGCUGUACCGUAUCACAGCGCGUGGUGACGGUAAGGGCGGCGUGCUGGCGUACUUCAAGGGCCUGCGGCUGUACGUGGAAACGAAGAAGGGUCCUGUAGAGGUUCGAGUGGACCGAGAGGAAGAUUGGGUGCAGCUACUAUCAAUGGCAUAG